ACAGGUGCUUCACAGAGGGGUAAAGAUAUAUUAACGGACUCACGAGGAUACACGUACAACCUCAAGGUAGUUUUUGAUAUCAAAUAUACAACACUUAUACAUUAUUUUUAUUUGAAAAAUUGAUAUAUGAAAAGUGUUAGUUAAUGCUGCAUUUAAAUAUUAGAUAACAGAAUGUAGAAUACAUGUCCGCUCUAUAUAUAUAUUAUCAUGCAUUAAUUACGCAUUGAUGGAUAAAUUUUUAAGAUGAUUGAUUUCCAUUCUUCGUGUCUGCCAUUCCUUCCUGCAGAACACAUUGGUCCUGUGUUCAAGUCUAUGGCAGACUUAGCUCCAGACCGUUUUGAUGGACUGCUAGCUUACAUUAGACGGACCUGGAUCGACAAUGAUAUGUGGCCAGUCCAUUCUUGGUCGGUGUUUGGAUUGAGCAUCCGCACAAACAACGAUGUUGAAGGAUGGUAUAGAAGAUUGAAUGGGAGGGCUGGGGGAACGCCUCCAUUCUACCUUUUGAUAAAACUGCUGUACGAUGAGGCCCAGGUAGCGGUGAGGAACUCGGAAUUGAUAAGUGAAGGAAGACUACGCCGCUACCAGCGGAAAAAGUACACCUUUCUUCAGGGACAGACGCACCAGCUGUGGGAUAAGUACAGGAAUGGGGAGUUAUCAUCAACGGGACUUUUGAGAGAAUUCGGCAACUUAUACAAGCCCCAAGAGUAGAGUCGUAAGAUGUCCAAAAAAAAGACAAUGAAAUAUGUGCAUGGAAAAAAAAAACAAUGAAAGUGUGAAAGUGAAAGUGACUAUAUAUACAUGCAUGACAUAAUAUUGACAAAAAAGACAUACGAUAUGAUAUUUUAUCUUUGCAUAUAAAACAUGUUUUUAUACAUUAAAUGUUAUUGCUAUUGAUCGUCUUCGUGUUGUUUUUUUUUUCUGUAUGUAAUUUAAUCAGAAUUAUGCAUAUAUAUCCUUAUUAUAAGAUGGAACUCCAAAUAUUCGCAAACGAAAAGCGUCAAAAUAUGUCCAAUUCAGUAAUUUUAUAAUAUAUUAUUUUAACAGUCUAUAAUGAUUUAUGAACUAUAUGAAAAACAAGUAGUAAUAAAAUAUAAGGGACGAGUUCGGGACGAGUUGACUAGAGGACGAGUUGUCCAGGGGACGAGUUGACCAAAAAGGUGACGAGUUGACCAGAGGACGAGUUGACCAGAGGACGAGUUG